CAGGAAAUAGAAACUUAAGAGAAAUACACACUUCUGAGAAACUGAAAGAACAGGGGAAAGGAGGGCUCACUGCAUCCGGACACCACAGCUCUGCUUCCCUCCACGCUGAAAACCACACUUCUCGAACCUUCACUCAACACUUCUUUCCCCAAAGCCAGAAAAUGCACAAGGAGGAGCACGAAGUGUCUGUGCUGGGGGCACCCCAUAGCACCAUCCUCCCAAGGUCCACCAUGAUCAAUAUCCAAAGCGAGACCUCCGUGCCCGACCAUAUCGUCUGGUCCCUGUUCAACACCAUCUUCUUGAACUGGUGCUGCCUGGGCUUCAUAGCAUUCGCCUACUCUGUGAAGUCUAGGGACAGGAAGAUGGUUGGCGACGUGACCGGGGCUCAGGCCUAUGCCUCCACCGCCAAGUGCCUGAACAUCUCGGCCCUGAUUGUGGGCAUCCUCAUGACCAUCGGAUUCAUCCUGUUACUGGUGUUUGGCUCUGUGGCAAUCUACCAUGUUAUGUUACAGAUCGUACAGGAAAAACAGCGUUACUAGUAGCUGCCCAUAGCCCGCCACCCUUGUACUCCACUUUGCAAUGCUGGCCCUCACGCUGGGGCUGUUGUCCCUGUCCCCUUGGUCCUGCCCCUAGAUACAGCAUUUUAUCCCCACACACCUGUCCACAAUGACAUUCAAUAAAGUGCACAUGCUUGUGA